GUUUCUCGUGUGCCUGGCGGAGGGGAUGUAAACAGCUAGCAUGCCGACUAGCAGCCAGCAUCGGCGCAGAUUUCAGACCCACACCCGAUGCCGGUAAGCUCAUCUUAGUUAACCGACUGUUGGUUCUGAUGUGAAGGAGGAGGUCAACAUCGUUUCUCGGAGCGAAGUUGUGUCUUUGUGGAACAGUAGCUAACUUGGCUAAGUUAGCUAGGAGCGCUAGCGUCAGGUCUGACAGGAAGUCUGUUGAUGCUCUGCUGACAGAAGUAGAGGAAGAGAAAAUCCUCCAUCCCUAUCGUUCCUGCUGACAGACAGCAAAGACUUUCUCUGACAGGAAGUCUUCUAACCAUCCCACAAACUAAUUCCCGUUGGCAGGAAAUAAGAAGAAAGAGAAGAAGGAGAAGAAGAAGAAGAGUUUCUGCCUUUAGUUUAAUCUUAAUAUAUUUUUAAUUUAUGACGACAGAUUUCACUUCUGCCAGAAACUGUUUGACAUUGUCAGUGUCAGAUAGAUUGGUGUGUUUGUUCUGUGACACCCUCAGCAGGCGGGAGAACAUACUAGAGGUUCCCCUGGCGGCCAUGUUGGGGCCUCAUCUGCUGUCUGCCUCCUUAGCCGCCGCGCCUCCAUCUUAAAUCAACAGCUCAGAGCAGACCUGAAACAUUUUUUAACAUAAGGGCUUCUUGAUUUAUUUUUUCUACACGUGUUUUUGUGCUCAGAAGGAGUUGGUGUUUGUUCUCGUCAGGUCUCGUUUUGUCAGAAUCCACUAUCAGCCAAUCAUGGCGGAGUCCAGCUCGGUGCCGGCUGCAGCAGCAGAUCUAGUGAUUGAAGAAAACAAAGACGAAGUGUCUCUUCCCGCAGAGAGCGUCUCCAAAGAACUGAUUGUAACCAUGACGACAGAUGUAUCAGAUGUCAGAGCCGAGGCACUGAGCAGCAAUGGUGUCGCUGACAGUCCUCUUCCUGCCAAAGCCCUCAAAGAAGAAGAGGAGGAGGAGGCCACACCCACACCACCGGAUUCGUCGUCAUUGUCGUCCGAAGAUGGGACAAUAACUGCCAUUACCACCGAAGAAGAAUCUUUGUCGGCUCUACUCAGACACAUCAAGAGUGAAGGAGGUCAGGACAGAGGAGAGCCAGGUGAGAGGUCAGGUCUGGAUCCGGACCUCGAGGAGAGCUCCUCUGUGGCGACAGCGGGUGGCUCAGAUGACCAGCGGGAGUCCACAGACUCUGCCUCCUUCUCCAUCCCCAGCCUGGAGCUGUCAGAUGGGGUCACGGCCACAGCAAACUCACUGGACGUGGAGGAUGGCCUGUCCUCUUCCUACUCCGCUCUGGGGGUGGAGGGCUGCUCUCCGUCCACCGAGGUCCCCAGUCUGAAGGAAGAGGAGAUGCUGGAGGCUGCUGGGGGUGCUGUAGCUGCUGCUGCUGCUGCUGUUCCUCUUGCUGCUGCUCCAGAGGCGGGGCCAUCCAUGCCAGCAUAUUACCUGGUGAAGUGGAUCACCUGGAAAGAGAAGAAGACUCCUAUCAUCACUCAGAGUGAGAACGGACCCUGCCCCCUGCUGGCUAUCAUGAACACUUUGUUCCUCCGCUGGAAGGCUAAACUUCCCGCUCAGACAGAAGUUGUUACCACUGAGGACCUGAUGGCUCACCUGGGAGAGUGUGUGUUGUCUGUUACACCGAGAGAGAAGGCUGAUGGGAUGGAGCUCAACUUCCAACAGAACAUGAGUGAUGCCAUGGCAGUGCUCCCUAAGUUGUCCACGGGUCUGGACGUUAAUGUGCGUUUUACCGGGGUGACAGACUUUGAGUACACACCUGAGUGUAUCGUGUUCGACCUGCUGGACAUCCCGCUGUACCAUGGCUGGCUGGUUGACCCACAGAGUCCAGAGAUGGUUGCUUCUGUGGGGAAACUGAGCUAUAACCAGCUGGUGGAGAAAAUCAUCGACUACAAACACUCAGCUGACAGCAGCCGAGUCAGUGAAGGUCUGGUUGCGGAGCAGUUUUUGGAGUCGACGGCGACUCAGCUGUCGUAUCAUGGUUUGUGUGAACUCAACACAACGGCCAAGGAGGGAGAAAUCUCUGUGUUCUUCAGAAAUAACCACUUCAGUACUAUGAUCAAACACAAGGGUCACCUGUACCUGUUGGUGACAGAUCAGGGAUUCCUGCAGGAAGAGGGUUUGGUCUGGGAGUCUCUUCAUAAUGUCGAGGGAGACGGAAACUUCUGCGACUCUGACUUCAGACUGUGUCAUCCUCCUCAACGAGCUCAACCCACCACCAACCUGCCACCCAGCGCCCAGGAGCAGCAGAGACAGAUUGACCAGGAAAAAAUGAACAAAAUAAUGAAGAAGGAACAGUACCACUCCAUCCUCCAGCAUCAUGCAGUUCCAUCUGGACUAAGACUUGUGGGUCGGAAGUUUGUUUUGCAGCAAGAUAAAUACCCUAAGCAUUCUUUCAACCUCUGUCUGGGUUACCUAGACAAAAAAGAAGAGGAAGGUGUUCUUCGAAAGAUGGUUUGCCCCCUCAGUCUCCAGACCUCUCUCUAAUUGAGCUUGUGUGGCACGAAUUGGAUUGAUCAGUCAGAAAAGUGCGUCCCACAAAUCAGAAGUCUCUCAUUGAUGAACUUAGGAAAGCUUGGAAUGCAAUUCCUGGCACAUACCUUACAAAACUUGUGGAAGGAAUGCCUCGUAUAUGCCAUGCUGUUGUUAAAGCCAGAGGAGGUUACUUUGAAGAAAGCAAAGUCUAAGCGAGAAAAACCCAAAUACCUGAUAAUUAUAGUAAAAAUGUAUUCUGAUAAGUGGUAGAGCAGACCCAGGGUUUAAAGUCUGGGCAUCUCAGGGAAUAGCCAAUGUAGCUGACCUCUACAAUGACAACUUGGUUUUUAGUUCAUUUGAGGAACUUGAAGCAAGGUAUGGGAUUACUGCAAAACAUUUCUUAAAAUAUUUGCAACUUAGAAGCUUUAUCUUGUCCAAACAAAGUAAUAGUUUUACAAUCCCCCCCAGAUCCACUCUGGAAAAGUACACUUUGAAGUUUCUAUAUUCCAGGGGACAGAUCUCCUUAUUGUACAAGCUCCUUGUAAGCAAGUCUAAAGAAUCUCCACAAAACUUACUAGAAGCAUGGAGGACAGAUCUGCAGGAUAAUCUAACAGAGGAGGAAUGGUCAGAUGCAUGUUCUCUAGCUCAAACUCAAUCAAUAAAUACAAACUCCAAAUUAUUACAAUAUAAAUGGAUAAGUAGACUAUAUAUAACACCAUCUACGUUGCACCACUUUAAUCCCAACAUACCUGAUACCUGCCUCAAAUGCAAACACCAAAAGGGAACACUAUUCCACUGUAUGUGGGAAUGUCCACAAAUUCUCACAUUUUGGAGAAAAGUCUUAGAUCUGGCGAGCCAAAUCAUUGGUGAGGAAGUGCCCCUCAACUUCAUGGACUAAUAUAUUCAAACCGCCUAGAUACUACAACAUCAAGGCGUGUGUUUUUUUUAAGUCUGUUUUUGCCAUACAUGUGCCUUGUGUGUUUUGUUGUUCUCUGUAAAACUCUGAAAAAACCUUCAAUAAAUACAUGUUUA